AUGACUUGCUUGGGCUAUAAAUCCAACAUCUACAGGGAUGGUCGGUUCACAAGCUUUUGUGGCAUUGCUGCAUUAUGUACUCUUGAAGCAUACACAUCACCUAUCGACACCUAUGGAACCACGUUCGUGAAAGGCGACUUGAAUUUUAGGGUUCUCGACGUUUCAGCCCAGAAUAUCAAUGGACAAGUCAUCAUAUUUGCCAAGUUUGAGCUACGUGUCAAUGGAACCAAUAAUAUUGUGAAUCAUGUUUGGCAAGAAGGACCACUACAAGAUGAUAAUACACCAAGAAUUCAUGACUUGUCGGGAGAUAACUUGAAGUCUUUUGAGACUUUAGAUUUCCGUUCGGAAAAAAUUGUAACUAUAACUCAUGUAAAACAAAAUUCAAGGUCUAAGGUAAAGAUUGUUCAUGGGAUUAUCAAUGGGGUUAAUUGGGAAAUGAUGAUGCCACUAGCUUAUUUUCUUGGUAUUGUUGGUGGAGGUUUGGGAUUUUUUCUCGGGAGACAAUCUUCAGGCGGAGUGAAACACACUUUGCAUAAGUAUAUUGGUGGUGCACUUUUAGGCCUUGCAACAUUACAAGUCUUAGCUCAUCGUGUACGACCAGAAAAGGAACACAAAUACAGGAUAUAUUGGAAUAUCUAUCAUUGGUGCACUGGAUAUGCUACUAUUAUAAUGGGAGUUGUCAAUUGUUUGAAGGGUUUCCAGAUGAUGGAUGUGGGGAUUUGGAAGAAUGCUUACAUUGCGUUUCUUGCUUCCUUGGGCUUUGUUGCUGCUGCCCUUGAACUUGUGAGACGAUACUUGAAUGCUAAAAAAAAAACCUACUCCAGGAGCUUUACCAAACAGUAUCGAACAAGAGGCGUAGAGUUCUAA